AUGAGGUUGAUCUGGAAACUGUGGGCUCCAUCUAAAGUAAGGAUUUUUGGAUGGAGAUUAUUGAAAGAUAGAUUACCAACUAGGAAGCUAUUGGUAGAUAAAAAUAUCGUUCAGGGUGAUGAGAAUAGCAUGUAUGUUUUCUGUGGUUUGCAGGUAGAGGAAGCUAAUCAUCUGUUCAUUCAUUGUGUUAUGAUAAGAAAAGUUUGGGAGAUGAUUCAAAACUGGUUGGGAAUUGACAGCAAUGAAGAACUAUUGUGUUCAACUCACUUUUUAAAAUUACUGGAGAAUAUGCAGGAAUCAUGUUCAUUCAAAAAAGCAGGGGCGGUGUGGCUUGUAACAUAUUGGUGUAUAUGGAAUCAACGUAAUGAUAUUAUCUUUAACAAUGCUAUCCUUGACUUGGACGAGAUUGUUCAUAAGAUAAAAAUGCAUUCUUGGUGGUGGUUGGGGAUUGGGACUAAAAGAAAAUCCAUGUGUAACUGGUAUGAGUGGUUUCAUUGA